AUGGCUGAGGCGGCCGUUAGUUGGUUGGAUGAUGCGCUGGUGUUCGGACCGCGCACGAUGUGACCUUCUUGUGACCGCCUUAUCAGCGAUCCGCCGCGAUGUUCCCCAGAAUGGGGAUGUUGAAGAUCAACUCUUGUGUUUGUAUUUUCCUCAUUGUGAUUGUGAUAAACUGUGGCGAGUGCGCGAGGAACAGAAACAAAGGACAUAUCACAAAUGCAUCGCAUGUCAUUCAGCAACACAUGCGAACAAGACCGCUUCUUACUGAGAUGGAUUCGGAUUUUUUGAAUAAAGGAAAGAUUUGUAUUGGAACCAAUGGUCGUAUGUCUGUCCCAUCUAAUCGAGAACGUCACUAUAGAAAUCUAAAAGAACGCUACACGAACUGUACUUACGUCGAUGGAAACUUGGAAUUGACGUGGCUUCAAGAAGAUAACUUGGAUCUCAGUUUUCUCCAAUAUAUAAGAGAAGUAACCGGAUAUGUUCUGAUAUCUCAUGUGGAUGUGAAAAGAGUUGUCCUUCCUAGCCUCCAAAUAAUUCGUGGAAGAACGUUAUUCAAGAUGAAUGUGCGGGAUGAGGAAUUCGCUCUGAUUGUCACGCUUUCCAAAAUGUAUUACCUGGAAUUGCCUGCCCUUCGAGAUGUUCUAAAGGGAAACGUCGGAUCAUUCAACAAUUAUAACCUUUGCCACGUCAAAACAAUCAACUGGAAGGAAAUUAUGUCCGACUCCAAGGGUAAUUUUUCGUACGUCUAUAAUUUUGCGUCCCCAGAACGUGAAUGUCCGCCUUGCCAUAAAGACUGUGAACACGGAUGUUGGGGUGAUGGCCGUGAGAAUUGCCAACAAUUUUCAAAAGAAUUUUGCAGUCCGCAAUGUUUUCAGGGUCGCUGUUUCGGCCCCAAACCUAGAGAAUGUUGUCAUCUUUUUUGUGCUGGAGGAUGUACAGGACCUAAACAAAGUGACUGUAUAGCAUGUCAAAACUUCUACGAUGACGGGGUUUGUACCCAAGAAUGCCCUCCAAUGCAACUGUAUAACCCGACAACUUAUUCCUGGGAACCAAAUCCAAAUGGUAAAUUUGCUUACGGUGCAACUUGCGUUAAAAAGUGCCCAGAACAUUUGCUCAAAGAUAAUGGUGCUUGUGUACGGACUUGCCCGCCAAAUAAACAUGCGGUAGACGGCGAGUGUGUUCCAUGUGAAGGGCCCUGUCCAAAAACUUGUUCCGGUGAUGGUACUAUCCAUUUUGGAAAUAUUCAAAACUUCAAGAAUUGUACAGUUUUGGAAGGAAAUAUCGAUAUUCUGGAAAACUCUUUCAAAGGAUUCCAAAGUGUAUUUCCUAACUACACUUUUGGUGAUAGAUAUCCAGCAAUGCAUCCCAGUGCCUUGAGUGUUUUUAGUACCCUGAAAGAAAUAACUGGGUAUCUGAAUAUACAAGCAUAUCACCCCGAUUUCAAAAAUCUUUCAUAUUUUUCCAAUCUUGAGGUCAUCGGCGGUAGAGCUUUGUACGAGUAUUCAACGUCUGUUUAUAUUGUUAAAACAUCUCUUGAAAGCUUGGACCUAAGAUCUUUGAAGAGAAUCAAUAUGGGAACGGUGGCAAUAUUAGAGAAUAAACACUUGUGCCUAGCUGAAGGUAUCAACUGGGAUCUGAUCCGAAAGAGUCAUGACAAUCAUCUAAUGUUAUCGAAUAACAGCGACCUGAACAGUUGCAAAGCAAGAGGUCUUGUAUGUGACGAGCAGUGUAGUAAAGAUGGCUGUUGGGGACCAGGUCCAGACCAGUGUUUAUCCUGUGCUCAUUUUAGACUUGGUACUAAAUGUUUAGAGAACUGCAGCGUAGUAUCCGGAAUAUAUCGUGCAGAAAAUAACGAAUGCAAACCUUGCCAUGAACAAUGUGGAUCUUCUUGUCAUGGACCUGGUGCCAACAAUUGCACGUCCUGCAAACAUCUACAGGAUGGAAAUUUUUGUGUUUCGAAAUGCUCCCAAAACAAAUAUGAAGAAAACGGAGUAUGCAAAGAAUGCCAUGCCAACUGCGUAGAUAGCUGUACUGGGCCUUCUGAAAUUCUCGGUGAAGGUGGAUGCAACUCCUGUGAAUUGGCCAUCAUGGACGAUACUAAUUACGUUUGCUUACACAAGAAGGAUAACUGUCCUGAUGGUUACUAUUAUGAAUAUGUAGGUCAGCAUAUCCAAGAAGAAACUAGCCUGAAAUUGUUAGCAGGAAAGGGAAUUUGCAGAAAAUGCCAUCCGAGAUGUAAGGAAUGCACUGGAUAUGGAUUCCAUGAAUCCAGUUGCCAGAAAUGCAUGCAAUACAAGAAGGGAGAACAAUGUGAAGAUGAAUGUACACCAGACUAUUACCCAGAUGUCAACACAAACGAAUGUAUUGCCUGUGACGAUGAAUGCCGUGGCUGUACUGGUCCGGGCCCUGAAAACUGUGUGGUGUGCCAGAAUUUUAAAAUUUUCAUUGAUGGAAAUAAUGACGAUAAUAACACCGCCUUUGUUUGUGUUGCCUCCUGUCCGGCAGAUUUCCCACAUAAAGUAUUUCCGGAUGAUGGACAUGCAUCGGCAUUUUGCUCAGAUGUAGCUACAAGCUCAUAUUCAGUCUAUCCAAAAAAUCCUUACGACAUUGUUAUCAUAAUUGGCGCAGUAAUCGGUGGAAUAUUUCUUCUGAUACUUUCGAUUGGUUUCAUAUGUUACUACCAGAGAAAGGAAAAAAUCAAAGAGAAUGCAAUGAAAAUGACUAUGGCUCUAACUGGUCUCGAAGAUAACGAGCCGUUACGCCCCAGCAAUGUAAUGCCCAACAUAGCAAAAUUAAGGAUAAUAAAGGAGACAGAAAUACGCCGAGGAACCAUUCUUGGUUAUGGCGCAUUUGGCACAGUCUACAAAGGUGUCUGGGUACUUGAAGGGGAAACGUCUGCCAAAAUCCCUGUCGCUAUUAAAGUAUUGAGAGAAAAUACAGGAGCCAACAAUAGCAAAGACUUUUUAGAUGAAGCCUACAUCAUGGCUUCAGUUGAUCAUCCCAAUUUACUUCAGCUUCUUGCUGUAUGCAUGUCUUCACAAAUGAUGCUUGUCACCCAGUUAAUGCCACUAGGAUGUUUACUGGACUUUGUGAGAACUAAUAGAGACAGAAUUGGGUCUAAAUCGUUAUUGAAUUGGUCAACACAGAUAGCUAGGGGUAUGGCUUACUUAGAAGAAAAACGUCUUGUGCACAGAGACUUGGCAGCUAGAAAUGUUUUGGUGCAAACUCCAGCAUGUGUUAAAAUAACAGACUUCGGACUAGCUAAACUUUUAGAUAUAAAUGAAGAUGAGUACAAAGCAGCUGGAGGUAAAAUGCCUAUCAAGUGGUUGGCAUUGGAAUGCAUUCAACAUCGAAUAUUCACACACAAAUCUGACGUCUGGGCAUUUGGUGUCACAGUAUGGGAACUGCUAACCUUUGGAGGACGUCCUUAUGAUAAUGUUCCUGCUAGAGAUGUACCUGAAUUAUUAGAAAAGGGAGAGAGAUUACCACAGCCACAGAUAGCGAGCAUAGAUGUUUAUAUGACAAUGAUCAAGUGCUGGAUGCUAGAUGCUGAGAGCAGACCGUGCUUCAAGGAGCUGGAAGACGAUUUCUCCAAAAUGGCCCAGGAUCCUGGAAGGUAUUUGGCUAUACCUGGAGAUAAAUUCAUGAGGCUGACAAAUUUCACUUAUCCCCAGGACGAUAGGGAAACAAUCAGAAAUCUCACUUCAGCUUUGGAGUCGUCGGACUGUAUAUCAGAAAGUGAUGAACACCAUCGAAAUCAACCAAGAAAUUCUCUACAUACUGGACGGCUGUCUAUGUCUUCUGCUUCUCCUACACCAACUGCCAACGGGUAUUGGCAAUCAGCACAUCCUAUGGCUUCAGACGGCAGUACCUCACAGUAUCAAAACAACUUGAAUCAAAAAAUUUUAAGAUAUGUACAGUCACAUUCACUUGAUCAAACCCAUUCAACACAAUCUGAUGACUCCAGCAUCAGAUAUUGUGGCGAUUCAAUAAAAAUGAAAAACGAUAUAGGGUCUGACGAAUACGAUUCAGCUAGAUCACAAGCACAAGUGGGUACCCUAAAACUUGAACUGCCUGUCGACGAAGAUGACUACUUGAUGCCUUCUCCACAGCAAACUCAAGGAAAUUCAACUUAUGUUGAUCUGAUAGAUUCUAGAAAAUCAGAGGGUGCCAGCUCCAGUGUCUUGAAAUCCUAUGAAGAUUUUUAUAAAAAUAACAUAGAUAAUCCCGAAUACCUUAUGAAUAACGAUACUCCAAGUCAAACAAUAGGUCUUCCGACUGUUUCAGAAUUUGUGAAUGUCUGUUCAAAAACUCCUGUGGAGCAAUUUGGUUUCCAGCCUACCCCGAGUUAUCUUCCUCAAAAAAGUUCUGAGGAAGAGUCGGAUCAUGAGUAUUACAACGACUUCGACAGAUUACAAAGGGAGUUGCAACCCCUCCAGAAAAAUAAGGAUGGAUCUAUUGUUUGAGUAAAGGAAAUUAAGUAAUGUUUGUACAAAAUUCAAAGUACAAUUCAACGGCCUUUUGUACUUUCAAUUUGGAGGCAAGGCUGUGUGAAAUUAUCAUAUUGUGCUACUUAAUUAAUAUAAGGGACCAUUUUUAGCAUUACACUGUCUAAAUUAUGACAAUAACCCAGUGCCAUGGCAUGGCAUUUAAUGUACAUAAUUUUUUCCAUUUUCUCUUAUUGUAAAUAAAUAAAAAUUUAAUCUUCUUGGGUAAGUUAUGGAAAGGAAUUGUGAUGCCAGUCCUAGAUAUUCUUGCCCAAACUAUCUGUGA